CGCACAUGAAUGUGUGGGUGUGUGCUGCACCAGACAUCAGCAGCAGGUUGAGAGCCGACACACAGAGGAAGCAGGAGAGAGAAGAAAAGAAUAAAGGGAGAGAAAGAAAAAGAGAAAAAGACACUCUUUCAUUCAGUCCACCGAGAGAACUUCAAGACCGCUUCCUGCAGAUCCGAGUGCACAGUUACAAUGCUGCCUGGUACCAGGCCCCUGCUGCUGUGUGUGCUGUGUCAUGUGACCACCACAUGGGCAUUUGCCCGCAUGUCUGACGCCGUGGAGCUGCGGUCCGCGUUCUCUGUGGCACGUACCAGCAGCAUGGAGGGAGGGCCGAAGAUGGUCAUCACCUUUGACAAGGUGUACGUUAACAUUGGUGGCGAUUUCGAUCCAAAGGCCGGCUUAUUCCGCUGCAGGAUUCCGGGUGCAUACUAUUUUUCUUUCACAGUGGGGAAGUUCCCACGCCGAGACCUGUCGGUCAUGCUGAUGAAGAACCGCAAUGAGGUUCAGGCGAUCGUGUACGACGAGAACGCCGGAGAAGAGAGGAAAGUGCAGAGCCAGAGCGCCAUGCUGCAGCUUGAUUUCGGAGACACUGUCUGGCUUCGUCUUCAUGGAGACCCUCGCUAUGCUAUCUACAGUAACACUGGUCAUUACACCACCUUCAACGGUUACCUGAUCUACCCUGAUCUGUACGGCUACCAAGAGCCGACACACAAAGUCCAUGACAGUGAUCAUCAACCACCGAAAAUCAGCGAUCACUUACUGUCUGAGCAUGAAAAUACGAUUACCAAAGACACUGUUGUGGGUAUGAAAGAAGAGAGAAGGGAUGAAAAGAUAAAAGAGGAGGAUGGGAGAAAUGAAGAGGAGGAAGACGACGACCAGAGGUCGGCAUUCUCAGUGGGCCGCACUCAGAGUAUUGUGGGAGUGGAUCAAGGAUACCCUGAGCACCAGCCUAUCAUCUUUGACACUGAGUUUGUCAACAUCGGCAACAACUUCAACUUAAGCACUGGUAUAUUCAAAUGCAGUGUACCAGGAGCCUAUUACUUCUCCUUCAAUGCUGGCAAGCUGCCCCAUAAGACCCUGUCAGUGAAGCUGAUGAAGAACCAUUUGGAGGUACAGACCAUGAUCUACGAUGACAGCGACACUGAGAAGGCCCUGCAGAGCCAGAGUCUGAUGUUGUCACUGCAGGAUGGAGACACUGUCUGGCUCUACAGCCACCAGAGGGAUGGAUUUGGUGCUUACAGUAAUCACGCCAAGUAUAUCACUUUUACUGGCUUCCUGGUAUAUCCUGAGCUCCACCAAAGCCCUCCUCAGCAGCAGAAACAGGAUAAGACAUUGUAGGCCAGUCAAGGAGCCAGUGUGUCUGUGGGUCUUUAGGAAGGGUAAGGUUUCGGAGGAGCGUUUGUGUGGAAAAAGUGUGAGUUCCCUACACGCAGUCUUCUACACUCUUGAGACUGUAUGCCGUCACUCAUGUGGUUUGCUUUUUCAGAUUCCUUAUUGCAGAAAUCUCUGAAGCUUUUGUUUUUAUUCUGUUUAUCUGCUUUAGGAAGAAAUUACUAAGUCAAGCAAGCAGCACCUAUAACACAUUGGUUAAACAAGGCCUACUCAGCAUCCCUAAAGUCAGCAUGAAACGGAAAUUGUGAUGUUUUUCUUCCCUGUUGUCCAUCUGGAAUUGAUUUAUAAUAAAGACUGCAACAUUCCAUAAAAUAAGAAUUGUCAAUUUUGAUUUCAUGGUGACUUUAAGGCCUUGGAUGCUGAGUUCUCACAAGAAUAUGAUUAAAAAUACAAACAGGUCGCUUUUAAAUUAAUAUAAAUCAUUUGUAAAGAUAUUAAUACAAAAUAAAACAAUCUGAAAUUCUUAGCACUAAAGCACCUAUCUCUGCAGAGGCAAUUCAUUAGAUAGCUCCAACUCAAAACUGUGUUUCAUACUCUUUCAAAUUGAAUAAAAAUGAUUAAAUGCAUGCAUAUUUCAAAUAAGAAACUGUGUUGUCUUUUAAGCUUUUGCACGAAAGAUUUGCACGAGAGCUCCAUCUUCUGCUUUUCAUUCAUUAUUUCCAGUGUAAAAUCUGUGUUUAUGGCACGUGCACGCACACACACAAAAACAAUGAUGACAGCAUUUGCCUUCCAAUAAAUCAUAAUUCAUGUAGUUAGUCAAUAAUCAGUCUGGUUUUGGAACAACACUACACAUUUAAACUGAGGAUAACUUCUGCAAAUUCACUAUAUGGCCAGAAACUGCUGAAUGCAGGCUGACAGCUUCUAAAGGAACAAUGAUUUUUUCACUGCCAGAUACAUGUACUGUACACCAAUUGAUGCUAAUGGUUUUGGAGAAUUGUUCAACAAAUAUUGAUGUUUAUAUUUUGGGGGGAAAAAAAUAUCAAUGAUAUUGAUCAUUGUUUAUAUAAUUCUUCUGGUUUAUGCUGUUGUGUGUAUAUGGCCAUAAAGAUUUAUUUAGGUGACAAAGCAUAUGAAGUGCACAAUUCCAAAAUGUAAAUACUUUUGUGUUUUUUAUCCAUUUCUAUAUAAGUGAAUGUUUGCAUUUCUAAUUUUGUGCCUGGUCUUAUGUACUUUUCUGUAUGUGUUGUAUGAGCUACUUUGUUAAGUAACGUAAAGGUGGUUUCAGUGUACGCUGGAUUCUUAUUGUGGAAGAAGCCAGUCCUCAGAAGAAAGCCAAAUAAAAACUCUGAAUGUAAA